GCGCCGGGCGUGUGGACGGCCUGGAGGUGUCCACGGGGAAGGUGUCCCUCCUGCAGGCCACCAACGGCUCCACGGUGCUGCUGCCCUGCACCUACUCCUCCUGCAUCGGCAUCCACAAGCUGUACUUCAACUGGCACUACAACGACAACGGCACCAUGCUCAAGCUGUGCGAGGCGGUGAUCCCCAAGGAGAACGUGGAGCCGGUGGUGGGCGUGUAUCACGAGCGUGUAGAGUUCGUGGGCUCGUCCAGGAGGAAUAACAUCUCUAUCCUGCUGUGGAACAUCACAUUCGAGGACAGGGGCGACUACGUCUGCUUCGCCCGCAACCCCAAGGAGAAGAACCGCAACCACAGUGCCGUCUACACACUCAUCGUGGUGGAUCAGCUGACAGAGGUGGACACCACGCUGACCACCGUCAUGGUGGCUGUGGUGGGGACCCUCCUGGGCAGUCUGCUGCUGUUCAUGGUGGCCAAGGCCCUGGUGGUCAACUUCAUGCCAAAGAAAGAAGACAAGAAUAAGGACUGCCUGGUGAGCUCCACGGUGGUGGACCACACAGAGGACGCCCGGUCGGGGGCCAAAGGCUCCAAGGGGAAGGCCUGAAGCCUGGCUGUGCAGCUCCCAGCGUACAGAUCCACGUCUAGGAAGCUGCUUACUAACAGACUGCUCCACGUACUCGUGGGAAAUGAGGAUUUUAGGGUUUUACAUUUUCAGAUCCACCUCCACUGUGCAGAAUAGCCAACACUUAAAUCCUCAAACUCAACCUUUUUUAUUUGAAAACGUCUUUCAUACAGAAAAACCUUUUUUACAACGGACCUUAAAAUGGAGAAUUAAAGUUAUUUCGAACUAUGCUCUAAUUCUAAUAUGAUACAAUAUAGUAACAUUAUAUAUAAAUAUGUAUUCAUAUAUCUAAUAACUUUGCAAAUAUUGAGUUUAAAUUGUGGUCUGAUCAAAAGAGUGCAAUGACCCAUCAUUGGUCACUAUGGAAACAGGACCAACCAAUCGCCUGCCAGAACCAAUCUACUGCCGCGGUGUCAGCGAUGGCUCCGCACACGCCCCCUGCCGGCGCCAUGGCACCCGACCACACCCGUCGCCACGACACCCGACCACACCCGUCGCCACGACACCCGACCACACCCGUCGCAGCAACAACGUUUACAAUCAUAUUUGAUCGUUGAUGAACACAGAAAAAAAUGCAUGUAAUAUAGAAUUGGAUGAAAUCAUCUGCUGAGUUUAAUAAUCUAAUACUGAACCUAAACACUGCCGUGGGUCAGAGGACCUAUACCUCCAGUGACCCCACUCUGGGUCCUGGUUUUAACUCAGAGAGACCCAGUCCUACUGGGUCUCCCCUCCACUGCCAUCGGUCUAUGUUUAGAGGGGUCCGCAUGAGAGACCCACCAGAUCCACGCGGUUCUGUUGGGUUCCCGGUCUCCCCACACACAGCCUACUGCAUCGUUAGGGUAGUCAUUAAGCACUUGAUUAAAAGGCCGUCUGUCUGUCCGCUCUUUUCUGGUCGGCACUUUUAAAGAGGCUAAGAAGAGAUUUGGAAUCGUUUAAGACAAUGCACACAUUAAAAGAUUAUGUAUCUAUCAAAAGGUGUAACAGAACACAAAUAUAGGAAACAAAGUUAUGAAGCUGUAUUAUGUAAAAAUAAAUGACAUUUUAUGCAGAUUGUUCCUAUUUUGCACCACUUCACUGGUGUCUCGUGGUGAAGAAACUAAAGAAUGAAUGUUUUCAUACUCACCUUCUGAAUCAUAUUCAGAAUUUAUUAACAUCUUCUGAAUUCAUUGAUAUUAAUAUUCAGAAUCAAUGAAUUAAUUCAUACAAAAUAGGGUUGAGAAUAAGAAUAAGAAUAAAUCAUAUUAAGAAUAGUCUGAGCAAUGAAAAAUGAUCACAAGUGGGAACUUGUGUCUAUGUUUUGGGCAUGGUUGGUAUUGUCAGUAAAAGCCUCUGGGAUGAGAUGGUUUGAGCUUAUAUACUCAAAAGAUAAUCAUAUAGCCUCCACAAGCAUCUACGCCAAAUGUGAUACUAAAAUACAUUACAUUGUGUGACAAAAAACGUUUUGCCCGGACAUUAUAAUAGAUUAAAUAAACAGUAUAAUAUACAUACUGUUAUGCUUUUAGAGCAAUUCAACUAUGCUAAAUGUAAAAUGUGGUGUAUGACUUAUCCACCAUCAUUGUCCUUGUUAGAAGCUGCUUCCCUUUGGUUUUGGUUCAUGUGUGAUUGUCUGAUGUCAUGUUGUGUUACCUUGUCGUGUUAUGUUGUGUUGUCAUGUUCUUUUAUCAUGUUGGGUUAUCUUGUCCCACUGCUGCUCACUCCACAGUGUAUUUUCUUUCAGUAGAAGCAAUAAGCCCAGUCUCCUGAUUAUGCAAUAACCUGUUUCAUUGCACUUUAUCUAGAAUGUCGCUCGCUGCUGCUGAGGUUCACUACUCUCUGUCCUAUGCAGAAGUCUUGUACAAGUGCAUCUCGGUUGUAUGAACGUAUUUCCCUUGUGGUGUGACACAUAGCUGUAAAUCAUAUGUAAACCAGGCAGGGACACGUCAAUGUAUAACAGAAAACAAAUGGUUUUACAAAGUUGGUCUUCCACUUCUGUCUGCUGAAGCCGUUGUCUGUUGAAAUGCAUUCUGUUAUCUCCCCCUAAAGUAAAAUUGUUGGUGAAUGAAACCACUGCGUCUGUAUCGUCUGCAGACCCUCAUCCGAUUUGCUGCUGCCUGGUCCGGGGCAGACAUCGUGCCGAGAGAGUGUAAAUCUAUGAUCCCAAGAGACGUUUUGCAGUGAAGCUUUCCACGAGAAUAAAACAGUUGCAUUGCUAUAACACAUCAACAUA